AUGCGAGCAUGGCAAGCUUUUACAGCAGCUCUAAGCUUGCUAUCUGGUGCGACAACAGCGUCCCCAGCGGCCGACGGCUCUGCCCUCGCCCCAUCUCUCGCUGCCGCCAACUCGUCGCUCUUGUGGGGCUCGUACAGGCCAGGGCUGUACUUUGGUCUGCGACCACGGUUGCCAGACACGCUCUUGACCGGCCUGAUCUGGUUCGGCGUCCAUGACUGGCAGUCUUACACCCAACCCCGCCACGAGUGCGAUCAGCGUGACGGCUUGACGUACAGCUACACCGAGCACGAUGGACGGAGUGCGGCAAAGCAAGUUAUCAAGGACCCGCGCAACAACGUUCAGCUCACGAUCCGCUUCCUCAAGGUGUCGGGAGCGCAGGCAAGACAAGGCGGCAGUUGGGCCGUCCGAAUCGAGGGAGAACCGCUUGACCAGAGCAAGCUCUCACGCAUCUCGCUCAUCAACUACUUCGGCAACGACGCGCCGUUGAGCUACCUGGAACUCGAGAACGAGGAAGAUUCGAACGGUCUGGAAGGGGCCGUGCGACUGAAAGGGCAGACGCCCGGCCUCGGCAAGUACAAGAUCCGCAUUGAGAAUCAUGACACGAACGUCGAAGUUGAGGCCGGUCCGCAUGGCGACGACUUUGGCGACAAGCUGCAGCGGACGCAGUUCCUCGGAAUGGGCGUGCCGCAUGGACUCGUCUGGCAGGCGAAGAACGCUCUGAUGAACACGAUGCUCACGCACUCGAAGACGGUCCUGGAGCGCUACGGCCAGGAGAACCCGCCCGAUCCUGCGCUCCUGUUCAGCUUCCCGAACGAUGUCCGCACGAACGCUGGCUUGUAUGGUCUACAGCGGACGUACGUCGGACGAUGGAGCGUUGACGUCUUCUUCGACGCGGAGGACGCGCCGGCCAACUUGAACCACGCUGCACUUACUGCUGCACUCGACGCAUCCUCCGCCGCCUUCCACGCUCACUUCAACGCCCUCUUCCCUCAGAUCUCGACCUUCAGCUCCUCCCACCAAGCCUUCGCUCGCGCAAUCACUGCCAACCUCAUUGGCGGCAUCGGCUACUUCCACGGACCCUCCAUCGUCGACCGCACCUUCUCGCAAGAGUGGGACGCCGAGGAUAUUGAAGGCGGCGCACCGGUCAAGAAGCCCGAGUUGACGGAGUCGAGGGAGCUCUUCUCGGCGACUCCAAGCAGGAGUUUCUUUCCGCGCGGAUUCUACUGGGAUGAGGGCUUCCACCUUGCGCUUAUCGGAGCGUGGGACAACGACCUUAGCCUUGAGAUCUUUAAGAGCUGGCUGAACUUGGCGGAUGCCGAUGGGUGGAUUGCACGCGAGCAGAUCCUGGGCGAAGAGGCCAGAAGUCGGGUUCCCGAAGACUUCCAGGCGCAGUACCCGUCCUACGGCAACCCUCCUACCCUCAUCAUGGGUCUCACCGGCUACAUCGCCCGUCUCCACGAGCGCGGCGUCUCACUCGCCACAUCGCUCGACGAGAUCACCGAGGACGCUUCUCCGACAGCUUCUCCCGCUGCGCUCGCCUCGCUGCACCUCACCUCUCCCAGUCUCGCCUCGUCGUACCUAACUUCCGUCUAUCCGACGUUGAAACGGCACUACGAGUGGUUCCGCCGAACGCAGAAGGGCGAGGUUCGGCAGUUUGGCAGGAAGGCGAGAUCCGCCAACGAGGCGUACCGGUGGAGGGGAAGGACUGCCGAUCACGUGCUCACGUCUGGCUUGGACGACUACCCUCGCGCCGUUCCUCCGCAUCUCGGCGAGUUGCACGUCGACCUCGCAUCCUGGAUGGGCUUCUUCGCCCGCACGAUGCGCGACGUCGCCGAGUUCCUUGGCGAGGAGGAGGACGCUGAGGAAUUCGACGAGCAGUACGACGCGAUCGUCGGCAACAUCGAGGACUUGCAUUGGAACGAGGAGGAGCAGAUGUACUGUGACGCGAGCAUCGACGAAGACGACGAGUCGUACCAUGUCUGCCACCGCGGCUACAUCUCGCUCUUCCCUUUCCUCCUCUCCCUCCUUCCUUCGUCUUCGCCUCAUCUCGGCCCCGUCCUCGAGCUCAUGCGCAACCCUACCCACCUUUGGUCGCCGUACGGCAUCCGCUCGCUCAGUAAGAGCCACCCUCUCUUCGGGCAAGGCGAGAACUACUGGAGGGGACCGAUCUGGAUCCAGAUGAACUACCUCGCCUUGGCUGCGCUCAAGAAUAAAUACGCCAAGGAAGCAGGGCCUUUCCAGACUCGAGCCGCGGAGAUCUACGACGAGCUACGAAACAACGUGAUUGAGAACGUGCACAAGGAGUGGGUGCGGACAGGAACGGUGUGGGAGCAGUACAACGCGGUCACCGGCGAGGGUCAGCGAAGCGAUCCGUUCACUGGCUGGACCAGUCUCGUCACCCUCAUCAUGGCCGAGCAGUAUUACUAG